GUCGAACAAAAGAAGCAAAUGAUAAAAAAAAGAAAAGCGUCAGCACCCAAGACAGCUAAACUGCGUGCUAAUCAAAAAACUAUUCAAAAAACCAAUACAAAAAUUCCUGAUGAUCAUGUUAAUAUUGAUUGUACAAGUCAUUUAUUAUUUAAGCCAAUUAACAAAGGUCAUAAACGAGGUCACAGACAAUUUGGUCUUGAUCUUAGGUCAUCGCCUAGACAAUUUAAUACUAGACGACCCUUUAAAGAUUAUUAUAAUCUGAAUACUAAAAAGAAUAAUCAUAUGGAAUUAUAUUCAGCCAAUAGUAAUGAUCAAAUUCGUUCUUAUGGGGUUUCCAAUCAAGUAUUACAUAUAAACCAAAGUCAUCACCUUUCAUUCGGCUCUACCCCUACAACAAUACUGAUAUCGCUAACUGAAUCUCAACCUGUAUCUAACAGAGAGGUCACUAGUGAACAUGUUUCUGAUAUGUGUAAAGAGAUGAAAGUUAUGUUUAUACAAAGUCAAAAUCCUGGUUCAGCUGCAGUUGCAGCUGUUUUAUCUUUAAAUAGCAUUUCAAGUACCAAUGAAAUACCAAGUGAAGAUGAUAUAACAUCAUUUGUAAAUGAUGCUUUUCUUAAAGAUAUUUUCUUUACUCAAUUAGCCAUUAUCAAAGAAGAUGAAUUAUUCAAUAAUGUAACUAUCAUCAAUACUUUAAAGACACUUUUAAAGAAGGCAUUUAUGUUACAUUUGACACUUGAAGUUUCACAUUUAACCAACCAUAAUGUGAAUAACCAUCAUAUAUUACAACAAGUAAAGGAAUUAGAUCAUUUAACUAGUGAUUUGACUAUUCCAAAUUUAACCUAA